AUGGAAUCCCACCCUCUUAACUUGGCUCAUCAACAGCAUCGACGUGCUGAUGCUCACCUUAUAAACAAUAGAUACGAUGAAGCUAUGCAAUGUCAUCAUAACGCUGCUGAGCUACUUUUAGACGCUAUGAAAUCGACUACAUCAUCUGUCGCACUGGAAUCUAUAACAUUACAACAUAGUUACCAUUUAAAACAAAAAGAUCUAAUUAGAAGCAAAAAAGAACAAUAUCUACGUGUUAAGAAAGCAAUGGACAAUUUAAAAUGCUUAGGUAAAGACCCUCUACAAAACAUUCAAGUCUAUGAUAAUUCCAAAGUCCAGGUGGCAAUAUACAGAACUUUAAAUGAGAGUGAUUCUCUAUUACAAAUAUUAUUUUCUAAAAAUAAUAAUUUAAAAGAAACAACUACAAGAGAUGUUGUAGAUGGCAAGAAAAAAGAAAAAACGCAGGAAAAUGUUGUAGAGGAGCUUCAAACGUUGAGUCAGAAUCUACAUUCGUUAGUUGAACAAUUAGUAUUUCAAGUGGAAAUAUUAAAAGAUGAAAAUAUGACAUUGAAGGAGAGAGUAAAUUAUUUAGAAAAAGAGAGAACUAAGUAUCUUAACUUACCUUCAUCAUAUGAUUUGAAUAAUAGAAAUAUUUCAACUAACACAGGAUACGAAGGACAUUCUAAAGACUUAGCGCAAAAAUUGCCUGUUGUACCUGAAAAGAUACCAAAUCGACCUACACAUUUUGAUUUAAAUGCUCUAAGAAAUGAUUGA